AUCCCAGGGAAUGCUUUCAAUCAUUCCCCAAUCACUUCAGCAAAUGCUCCAAAAUCUCUCAACACACAACAAGUGCUCAACGUCCGUUUUUUCAUCACCCCCAAAAAGACUGUUUUAGUGAAAGUUUGUGCCUGAUCUUCACCUGAUUCUUUUGUGAUUUUUUUUUGAUUUUCUGUGAUCAAAAGAGGAAGGAACUUUUGAUUUUUUCUCGAGUGUGUAUUUUUUGGAUGUGUCUGAGUGCCACAGCAAGUCACGUAGCACGCGCCGAGGCAAUUCACGAACCUCUAGCUGACUACCUAUUCGACAUUUGCUCAGAUUGCUCAGUGAUGCCGUCGCUGCCACAGGGUGCCUUUGCCGCGUGCAAAAUUGGCGGGAAAACAGCUGCGGAGAAGGAUGGCUGUGUGAUGCGUAUCCCGGGACUCUUUGGGCAGGAUAAGCAGCACUACUCCAACAAUAAGAAGCUGAUGGAGUACACGCCGGCCAAGUACAAUGGGAAGAUGAUGAACAGCAUCUGGGGCUUGUACAACAAGUACUCACCGCAUAACAUCAAGAACGUCUCUGACGUUGAUGAUGCAUGGAAAGUCGCUCCUGAGCAGGGAAAAUACUUCACUGCUCAGAGCACAAUGAAUGAUGCCCGCAAUUCCUUCUGGGAUGUCACUGCCACGUUCCCGCGUCACUAAGGACAAGCCACCAUAUUUGGACGCCAUCUUGCAUUAUUAUUAUCUUUUAUUCUUUUUUUUUAGCAUGGAUGGCUGGCUUUGUUGUGUGAGCGGGGGCUCUUUAGGAGGUGCUGGGUAUCAUUGUAAUGGCCCCCUUUCAUGGAAAAGGGGGUCCAGCGUUGUAAAAGCGCUGUAAUAUUAUCACUGAGAAAUAAAUAUAUAAUCCAAAAGCUCAGUGAGAGUAACAUAACCUAAAAAACGAUU